ACGCGUCCAAAUAACUUUAUAAUUCUCCGAUUUCAAAACUUUCUCUAUUCCAAAAAAUUCUCUAAAACCUUGGAAUACUGAUGUGUAAUGGUAACAUGGCUAUACAAAAUAAUCAUCGUGCGGGAUCCGAAGCAAUACUAGAGAACGUAUGGGCAAGCUUCAUUGGCACUGAAGAUGGGGUUGAAAAACGAACAAGUGAUGCAGCAGAAUUGUCAAAAUCAUGGGAAGAAUUGCCUUAUCUUGAUGGAAGAGAUGGAUCAAUGGAUAUUUUACAGAGGCUGCCAAGUCUAGGGAGGUGGUUAUCAAUGGGAGCUGAAGCUUGGGAGGAACUACUUGAUGGAAUUAUGCCUACAACCAAUAUAGAAAAAUCUUGCAAUGAUAAUUCAAAGAGCAAUAAAACAACUAGUUCUUCAGGGCCUAAAACGAAUGCCGAGAGAGCAGAAAAGGUGGCUACGCAACACUACCGGGGAGUGCGAAGGCGGCCGUGGGGUAAGUACGCGGCAGAGAUAAGAGAUUCGACAAGAAAAGGAGCUCGAGUUUGGCUUGGAACUUUUUACACAGCUGAGGAAGCGGCAUUGGCUUAUGAUAAAGCUGCUUUACGAAUUAGAGGCCCAAAGGCACACCUGAACUUCCCAGUUGAGACAGUUGCUAAGGCUAUGGGCAUUGAAUGUUCAAGAAAUGAAGUCAGUGAUACUCCGAUGCUUUCUGAAGAGAAUGUUUCGAUCCCUCGAAAGCGAGCAUCGAGAGAGUGGGAGCAAAACAAUGGGAUGAUGAUAUUGAAUCAUGAACAACCUGAAAUGAAGAGAAUGAGUUGUAUGAAAGAUAGUUGUGGUGAUGAAUUUGAUGUGCUGGAGUUUCAGGACCUGGGUGUUGAAUAUUUGGAUAAUUUGCUAUCUUCUUUUUGACAAAAUUAAGAACAAGGUAGCCAAAGUUUUACUUUGGAGGUGUUUCUAUACGUUAUUAUAGACCUAUUACAUGAUUGAACUAUAUGUAAUUAUGUGGAUUGAUCGUCUAGUGAGUCCGGGUUUUGUUACUCGUAGAAAGGCAUUAGAGGAUUAUGUAGUAGAACUAUAUCAAUAGUUCCAUUCGUUUAUCUGUAAAUGAUGAAGAAUUACACAUG